UCGGCCGCUCCCCCCCCUCCCGCCCCGGCUCCCCGGGCGGCGCAACGGCCGCGGGGAGCGGAGCGAUGGGCGGGGAGGACGAGAUCGUGCGCAUCGCCAAGCGGCUGGACAAGAUGGUGGCCAAGAAGAGCGCGGAUGGUGCAAUGGAUUUACUGAAAGAGCUCAAAAGUAUGCCCAUGACUCUGGACUUGCUGCAGUCCACCCGCAUUGGGAUGUCAGUAAAUGCACUGAGGAAGCAGAGCACAGAUGAAGAGGUGAUAUCUCUUGCCAAAUCACUCAUCAAGUCUUGGAAAAAACUUCUGGAUGCUUCUGAGGAGAAAAGUGAGGAGAAGAAGAAAAACCUGUCCUUGCCAACAUCGUCCUCAAAGGAGACUAACUCAAGAGACCAAAGCUCCAACAAAAGGCAGGAGCCUCCGAAGACUCCGACCACCCCCAAAAUCACCAGCUUCCCUCCAGCGCCCGUCACCUGCGACGCGGUCCGCAACAAAUGCAGAGAAAUGCUGACCACCGCUCUGCAGGCCGAUGAUGACUAUGUUGCCAUUGGUGCUGACUGCGAGCAYAUAGCGGCCCAGAUCGAAGAAUGCAUAUACCAGGACAUCAAGAACACCGACAUGAAGUACAAAAACCGCGUGAGGAGCCGCAUCUCGAACCUGAAGGACUCCAAAAACCCUGAGCUGAAAAAGAACGUGCUGUGCGGGGCCAUUACCCCUGAGCAGAUCGCAGUGAUGACCUCGGAGGAAAUGGCCAGUAACGAGCUGAAAGAAAUCAGGAAAGCCAUGACGAAAGAAGCAAUCCGGGAGCAUCAGAUGGCCAAGACGGGAGGGACGCAGACCGACCUCUUCACCUGUGGGAAAUGCAAGAAGAAGAACUGCACCUACACCCAGGUGCAGACCCGCAGCUCUGAUGAGCCCAUGACCACCUUCGUCGUGUGCAACGAGUGUGGGAAUCGCUGGAAGGUAGCGCACCAAGGAUAUUACUGGCACUGAGGGGUGUUAGGGUGGCUGCACCCACGGUACUGCUGGCCUCAGAGGUGCUUGCCCAACACUGACAUUGCUCUAGCGAGGGAUCCCUCCUCCCAGCGCAGAGGCCAGAGCUCCUGGGUUCAUCCUCUCUCUGCAGACCAGCUGGGGUCAUGUCUCACAUUCUCAUCCCCCCCGCUGCAAUCCCCUGUUCUGUCCUGAGCAGCUUCAUGGUGCUUUUCAUGCUCCCCGCGCCCCUCCAAGAGAUGGUGGCGAGGACACUUAGGAUUCUAAACCUGCUCCKUUAUGCUCUGUGCAGAGAAGGUGGACGGGAGCAGAAGGCUCCCUACCCGCUCACRGUGAGCAGAAAGGGCAGCACUGCAAGGUGUCAGAGCUGAGGGGUGCAAAGGGGAGCUCUGU